AUGUCCGAUAAACCAAAUAUGCCUUACACCCAAUCAGUUAUUCAUGAAGUUCAAAGACAGUCUGAUAUGAUCCCACUUUUGGGAACUCACAAAAAUAACCAAGAUAUCACUGUGAAAGGAGUGAACUUGUCAUCAGGAACAGUAGUUUAUGGUCAGAUCUGGUCAAUUAUGAAUGAUGAUUCGGUAUUCGAAGAGAAUCACAAAUUCAAUCCAAGUCGGUAUUUGCAAGCUGACGGAAAAAUGUUAAACAAGACUUACGCGUUUAUCCCAAACUCGAACAUUGAUUUGUCACCAGAUUGGGGAGCUGUGCUCACUUCCAAACCUUAUACGUAUCAACUGAUUCCUCAAACUUUAUAUUAUUUCGUGAAGUGA